CUUCACACUUCAAUGUUCAUUUUAAUGGCGUGAGCGUUAAGGGUGACAGAACCGUACAGCCCGCACCGAAACAAACCAUUAGAGACCAAAACCCUUCCUUCGUCUCAUUCUCUCUUCCCUUUCACAGAAUCGCAUUACCAAAUCGAAUCAAAUGUGGUAUUCAAGUUAAUAAUAAAAACACAUCCCAUCCCAAACGAGUCAUCGCAUGCUUGAGAGAGACUUUUCGUGUGCCCUUGAUUGAUCAACUUUAGCGUCUCUGAACCCGUUCUUGAUGUGGGUUUUGGAAUUUUGAGUCCUUUGGCUCUCUUUGUUUUCCUCGGAUUAAUUUAUACGUAACUUUAUCGUUUUUGUUUGUCCUUUGUUCAUUUGUAUGCAUAUAAAAAAUGUCUGAGAAGGAUCGGAGGGUUAUGGAGAACAUGAAGAGGAGUGGAGAGCUUGGAAUGUUGUUGAAUGGGAUUCCCAAUCCAAAUUCUCCUUACCUCAAUAUCUAUCAUCGUCUGCAUCACAAUCAUCUCGGGAAUGGCUCACCGGUUGGUAGAGUUUCUCUGCGAUCAGAGUCCUCUCCUUCGAGUUCUUUCUCUAAUGGGUUUUGCUCCUCUGAGGAUGCUUCACCAUAUCCUGAUUCAUUUGAGGAGGUUAAGCAUCAAACAUCCAGUGCUCAGUACUUGAGCAUCAAUGGGAAGAAAGGGGAUGACAUGGGCUUGUGUGAGACUUUGUAUAGAAUACAUAUGGAUGAUCGACAGGGAGAUGGUACUGAUAUGAGGGGAUUUGAGGUGGAUUUCGAUGGGUUUGGGGUUUAUGGUCCUUAUUUGGGUGUGACUACCCCAUGGAAUGUGAACCAUGGGGGGGAAUGUAAUGGUUUUAGCAACCGUUCUUCUGGCUUUGAGGGUUUUCAGUCCUCUCAUCUCGGAGCUCCGGUGAGUUUCAUCGAUGAUAGGAGGUUGAAAUCGCUUGGUUUUCAGGGUGGAUAUAGAGAGAGUGAUUCAACGGGGUCUUAUCUCGCUCAUCAUCGGUUGAAUGCUUUGGAUUCUGGCCCCAGUUCUAACGCUAACCAAAUGAAUUAUUCAAUGGAUAAAAGAAAUGGCAGUGGAUGUUACUACGGCGGUAUUCAAAAGCCGAACCAAUCUACUGUUAGGCCUUCCCUUAGAGACGCUUCUGUUAGCUCACGGUGGUGUGAAAUAAGUUGCAAUGGAGUGACGGGAGUUAUGGAACCACUGAGUUCCCCUCCGUCGAAACAGCUCCCCAAGCUGGCUUUGAAUGUAGAUGAUUCCUCAAGUAGUCGUCCCAUUAUAAAUGAAAGGACUCGAGAAAUCCUAAACAGCGUGGUUCCUCAAUCUUCAAUGUCUACGAGAGGUGCAGAGGACGUAGAGGCUUUUUCUUGUGAUGAUAAUUUCAUCAUAAAAGGAGGGAAUUGUUUGAAUUAUUCCAUCAACAAGAAACCCAACAACACUUCAAGGAGUCAUAAGAAGAAUUGUCGCAAUGAGAUGGCAGAAACAAACCAGCGAGGGAAAAGCUCUGAAUCGGAUAGUCACUGUAGUUUUGCAAAUUUUUUUGAAAAUGAUCCGAUUCCGAGUGGCGGUUGUCCGUUGUUCUUGCCACUGCCUUCUUGUUCUUUGGCUGAAGUCCAGGGUUAUAUAUAUUUCUUAGCAAAGGAUCAAUAUGGUUGUCGCUUCUUACAGAGAGUGUUUGAUAAGGGAGCAUGUCAAGACGUGCAAAUCAUAUUUAAUGAAAUUAUCGGUCACGUUGUUGAACUUAUCACCGAUCCAUUUGGAAAUUACCUUGUGCAGAAGUUGUUGGAUGUGUGCAAUGAAGAACAGAGAAUGCAGAUAGUGCUCAAGGUGACAAACCAAUCAGGACAACUCAUGAGAAUAUCUCUGGACCCACAUGGCACGCGUGUGGUACAGAAGUUGAUCGAGACCGUGGAAACUAAGAAACAGAUUUCGCUGCUUAGCUCAGCACUUGAACUGGGUUUUCUUACUCUUGUCAAGGAUCCGAAUGGCAACCAUGUGAUACAACGUUGCUUGCAAUGUUUUAGCAAUGAAGAUAAUAAGUUUAUUUUUGUUGCUGCUGCAAAGUUUUGUGUGGACAUGGCAACUCAUAGGCAUGGAUGUUGUGUACUGCAACGCUGCAUUGCACGUUCAAUUGCAGAACAUCGAGAAAAGUUGGUCACUGAAGUUUCUAGAGAUGGAAUUCUACUCGCUCAAGACCCAUAUGGAAAUUACGUUGUUCAGUAUCUUAUAGAGCUAAAGAUCCCAUCUGCUAGUUCCAAAUUGAUUUCUCAGUUUAAAGGGAACUACGCACAGCUCUCAAUGCAGAAGUUCAGCAGCCACGUGGUUGAAAAAUGCCUUGCACAUUUUGAAGAACAUAGGUCAAGAAUCAUCUACGAAUUACUCUCAGUGUCUCACUUUGACCAAUUGCUGCAGGACCGUUUUGCAAACUAUGUCAUUCAACGUGCUUUAGCAGUUACCAAGGGCCCUCUUCAUGCUUCACUGGUUGAACAAGUAGAGGCUUACAAAAUCUUAAGUACCAACCCAUAUUGCAGGAGGAUUUUCUCACGGAAACUCUUGAAGAAGUGAUGUGCAUCAGCCUUUGGUAAAAAUGUUGUUAUUCUCUUAGAUUACCAAAAACUCCCGUUAUCAAUAACCACUUAUCUAUCUUCGGCACUAGUUUAUUAAAUU